CUAGAGAUAAUUGUUGUCCAUUGGUUGGAUUCGCCGCGACCGAGUCGCCCUAGCGCGAGAAAAUGCGACCGAAGCUCGAUUGCGCGCGAAACAAAAAUUUAUUGGGAUUACGAAUUUAAUUUAGCAAAUAAGUUAGUUUUAAUGAGCAAUCGACGCAUGCGUGAAGGCGGAAAACUGGCUGUCGAGCGCGCCAAUGCUCCAGCCAAUGCAUCACUCAAAACGUCGAUAUUGAGAAAUUGGACUUGCGGCGCCAUCUCUGGAGUUCAAAGC